AUGGGAUCGAGCGCCAAAAAGAAGAGAGAAAAGAAGCAAGACUUCCAAAAGACCAAGCUCAAAGUCGGCAAGACCAAGGCAAAGGCGGCCAACUUUACCGACACGAGCUUCAAGGCGAAGUCGAUUGUCCUCAACCAGCAGUCGCUCUCGUCCUCGGCGCCUUCCCUCGACCAGCAGUUCACCCACCAGCUGUCGCUCGCCAGCUCAAAGACCGACUCGCAGCGCCGCGAUGCCAUCAACUACCUGACCAACACCAUCACCGAGCGCCCGGACGACCUGCCCUUGCCCGUCGCGACCAUCCUGCCCAAGAUCCAGCCUCUGAUUCUGGAUGCCUCAAACUCGGUCCGCGCCGCCCUCACAAAACUGUUGCGUGCUCUACCGCCCGCCCAUGUCGCCACACACGUCGACCACAUGCUGCUGUACGUGCGCGCCGGCAUGACGCACCUGGCCGCCGAGAUCCGCAACUCCUCCCUCGAUGUGCUCGAAUGGCUCCUGCAGACCGCCGGCCAAGAACUCGUCAGCUGUGCCGGCGGCUGGCUCAAGACACUCCAAUGCUUCCUGACCCUCCUCGGCUGGCACUCGACGACACAACCCGGCAACUGGUCCUCCGAACGCGCCGUCUCGUUCGGCAAGCCCGGUUCCGCUGCCUCGAAACUGCUCAUCAAGCAGCUAAACAUCCUGACCAUGUUUUUACGUGCUGGCUUCACAGAUGCAGCUGGCUCUGAACAAGCGCUCGCGAACGCCUCCUGCUUUCCUCUUUGCAGCACCGAGCAUCAAGUUUUGUACGCUCGCUCGAACCCAUUCCGCGGUCUCAAUCUCUUUGGCGCACCCAAGGAUGCCGAAAAUGCCAUGUACGACGACGCCGAGGCCAGGAAAAGAGCCUUUGAUGACGCCGCUGUACGUGCCGUCGCCAGGGGUAUUCAAGCGGCCAAGAAGGAAGGUGGUGAAAUUGGAAGAGCGGCUUCAGGCUUGGAGAAGGCUCUGGUCGAUGGUAUGGGCGAGUUUCACAGAGACGCAGAGUAG